AUGGGUAAUUUGUUCGUGAAGAAACCACAAAUCACGGAGGUUGAUCGAGCGAUUCUCUCUCUCAAAACCCAGAGACGCAAGCUCGGUCAAUAUCAGCAACAGCUUGAGAAAGUAAUUGAAGCGGAGAAGCAAGCAGCAAGAGACUUAAUCAAGGAAAAGAGAAAGGACAGGGCUUUGUUAGCAUUGAGGAAGAAAAGGACACAAGAAGAAUUAUUGAAGCAAGUUGAUCAGUGGCUCAUCAAUGUUGAACAACAAUUGGCAGAUAUUGAACUUACAAGCAAACAAAAGGCAGUGUUUGAGAGCUUAAAGCAAGGUAGCAGUGCUAUUAAAGCGAUUCAAAGCGAGGUUGACCUUGAUGAUGUUCAAAAACUAAUGGAUGAUACUGCUGAUGCUAAAGUUUAUCAAGAUGAGCUGAAUGCUAUAUUGGGAGAGAAACUAUCAGCAGAGGAUGAAGAAGACAUAUUAGCAGAAUUUGACAACCUAGAAAGUCAGCUUAUUGUUGAUGAGAUGCCCGAUGUGCCCACAGUGGAGUCCGAAGAAUCUGAGAAGCUGGAUCUUCCGGAUGUGCCAACAAAGACACCCGUCCCUUCCAAUGCGGAAAUCACACCAGCUGAAUCCGCCACAAAGAGAAAAGUUCUCGAAGAACCUUUGCCCGGCUUGAGCUAG